AUGCGAAGGCUGAAAAUAGUGCUUCUUCAUCUUGUACGACGAAGCUGCAAAUUAGAAGUAAAGCCAAACACAAAAUUGAGCGUAGGUUUAGAACAAAAGUACCAUAAAAGGUACGGUAUGGCGGAAGAAACGAAAAUCUCAUUUGUGAGCAUUCCUUUAAUGGGAAAGCCAGAAAGAUUUUCAUCUGACUGCGCAAAUAGAGCCAGAGAAAUGUGCCGCCUUGUGCAGCAGAAAGGUGCUUCUAUCCCGUUGUCCGACCGAUUCUACUUUUUGAGCAAAGGCUAUAUGUUACUUGUAUCGCGUCCUAAACAAGUAGACCGAAAAGUUUUGCCUGUGACUGUCAUCGCAUAUUCUCCACCGAGAGCAGAAUGGGCAAAUUUCAACGCCAGAUAUAAGCCACAGGCUUCUAUCGAUGUCAAUGCGUACAGAAACUGGAGAAAAUUUGGGGGAUAG